UGUAAAACAAAUACAGAGACUUCCGGUUUGAGUGGGACUACUGACUAACUUUACGCAGUUUUUAAAGCGUGGGGCGUCUGCUGGCACUUUGUUCUGUCCGAGGCACGUUCAUCAGCUGGUAUCAUGGUUUACGACGUGAAAGAUCUGGAUGAGUUCCAGAAAAUCCUGAAUGACGCUGGAGACAAGCUGGUGGUGGUGGACUUCACAGCCGAGUGGUGUGGCCCCUGCCAAAUGAUGGCCCCAAUUUUUGUUGAGAUGUCAGAGGAGCCUGUCAACGCAAACGUGAUUUUCCUGAAGGUGGACGCAAAUGAUGGCAAGGAUGUGAAGUCCUUCUAUAAUGUCACCCGCAUGCCCGCAUUUCACUUUUACAAGAAUAACCAGAAGAGCGGAGUGUUUCUGAAGGAGCUGAAGACAACCUGUUGCCUGGAUUAAUCUGGUGGGAAUUGCAAGUUUCACAAGGUACUGAGUUUAUUUAUUUCUUUUUGCUCGUUGAGUGAAGAACUUCCGAUUUGGAGAUCGUUUUGGAUUUAUACUGGAGUAAUACAGGCCUGCAACGUAGGAUUUAUCUCUGCCGGCUUUAGGUUUAGUUUGGGACUAUAAUUGUUUUAUCACUGGUGGUUUACACUGUAUAUGUGGAGAUUCUGUGUACAGCUGGUAAAUUGCUGAGUGUUUUUUGGUUUCCCUGAAUAUUGAAACCUGCCAUUUUAUUAUUUUGUUGUUUAUCAUUGUUUGGUAAAUUAAAAGAGGGUUGCAAUGCUCUACUAUACAAUGUGUAUGACAUGAUUUACUGCACCGUUAGACACUGUUGUUCAUUUUAGUGUGUAGUGCUACUGUUAAGGAAUAAGCUUCACUGAUCCCAAAAACAAAAGAGAAGUUAAUUUAGGAAUAUCGUACGAGAGUACACU